AUGUGGGCGCUGCCUCUGCAGAUGCCCCCAGGGGGCCCCCCCUUGGCCUCCUUCGAGGCCGAUGAGUUUCCCCGCUGGCGACAGCAGCAGCAGCAGCAGCAGCAGCAGCAGAAGCAGCAGCAGCAGCAGCAGCAGCAGCAGCAGCAGUUGCUGCUUAAUCAGGGGGAAAUAUGCUGCUGCGGCCGGGUUCUUGCUGCUGCUCAUGAGGUGGGGGCCCCCAAAGGCUGCUGCUUCUCUAUGGAGGAGCUUGACUAUGCCGCAGAUACACUGCAGCAGCAGCAGCAGCAGCAGCAGCGUUUGCUGCUGCUGCAGAGCUGCUGCAGCAACAACCCACCAUCCUCCUCACAUCUCACCUUCCCUUCAUUUACAGGCAGCAACAUAUACAGCAACUGCAGCAGCAGCAGCAGCAGCAGCAGCAGCAGCAGCAAAAGCUCAACAUUUACUUCUCUUCUCUUUCCUCUUCUUCGAUCCAUCGGCGCGGGGGGGCCCCCCUGUUGGGGGCCCCCGGGAUCUGGGGGCCCCCCGGGGGCCCCCCCCUUCACCUGGGGGCCCCCCCCCUGGGGGCCCCCCACCCCGUACUGGGGGGCCCCCCGGGGGCCCCUCAGGUCCCUGGACCUGCCUGGGGCGCUGCAGCACCCCCGGCUGCAGCAGCCGCUGCAGUGGGCCCCCCAGACGCAGCAGCUGGUGACGGCGUUGAUGUCUUGUGUUUACUUUGCUGCUACUGAUGAGACCUGUGCCCCCGUGACAGAGCCGUUGCCGCUGUGGGGUUCUAUAGAUUCACAGCAGCAGCAGCAGCAGCAGCAGCAGCAGCAGCUGCAGCUGCAGCAGCUGCAGCAGCAGCAGCUCCAGAUACAGCUGCAGCAGCAGAUGCAGCACAGGCAGCAGCAGCAGCACCAUGCUGCUGCUGCUGCUGCUGUUGAUGCUGUUGAUGAUAUAGGGACACACCCAAGCCAACACCUGCAGCAAACCCCGCAGCUGCAGCAGCAGCAACAGCAGCAGCAGCAGCAGGACGAAGGGAUGCUUGUAGGGUCAGGGGCCCCCCUCAGGCUGCCGGAGGGGCCCCUCAUUGGUGGUGGUGAUAUGGGGGUAUCUGAGGGUUUGCUGCUAUCCCCAGUUGCAUCUCCUCCUGCUGCUGCUUCUGCUUCUGCUGCAGCAGCAGCAGCAGCAGCAGCAGCAGCUGCUGCUGCUGCUGCUGCUGUGUCUCCCCCAACAGACACAACGCAGGUUGUUACUUGUCUUCAGUUUGCUGCUGCUGUGUCUCCCCCAACAGACACAACGCAGUUUGCUGCUGCUGAUGAAUCUCUCUUAGCUCUGGGUUUCUCUUCCGGUACCCUGCAGCUGUGGCUGCUGCCAGCAGCAAUGGGGGCCCCCCAUCAGGGGGGCCCCCCUGAUGCUGAGGGGGGGGGCCCCCAUGCUGCUGCAUAUUGUGUUGCUGCUGCUGCUGCGCAUACACCCGGGCUCUCUCCCUGCGGCACAGAGCAACGCAGCACGCUGCUGGAGGCCUUAGCUUCGCUGCACUCACAGCAGCAGCAGCAGCAGCAGCAGCAGCAGCAGGAGCAGCACUGUACCCACUGCUGCUGCUGGGAGGGCCUCAAGGGGGCCCCUGAAGUUUCUGCUGUUGCCUGGCACCCAAAGGAGCUGCUGCUUGCUGCAGCGCAUGCAGACGGGAGAGUGGAGCUGUGGCAGGUGGAGAUACACCCCGCUGCAGCAGCAGCAGCAGCAACAGCAGCAGCAGCAACAGCAGCAGCAGCAGCAGCAGCAGGUGGUGGUGUGACGAUGCAGCACCUUCAUUCUUUUCUCUUUUGCUGCCCCCUUUCCACCUCUUCUCCGUGCAUGCAUAGCCGCAUGGAUUUGCUGCUGUCUGUUUAUAAAGGAGACAAACAAACUAAAACUCCUGCUGCUGCUGCUGCUGCUGCUGCUGCUGCUGCUGCUGUUUCUGUCUCCUUGCUGCAUUCUCCUUCUUGUUUAGUUUGGGGCCCCGCGGGAGACAACCUUAUCGUAGGCAGCAGAGAGGGGGCCCUCCUCGUCUGGUCUCUUGAGGCUCUCAGGCAGUAUCGCCGUGCUGCUGCUGCUGCUGCUGCUGCUGCUGCUGCUGCUGCUGCUGCUGCAGCAGCACCAGCAGCAGCAGCAGCAGGAGGACAAGCCUCGUGUGAGGGCUUGACGGGGGCCUCCGAGAGGGGGGCCCCUCUGCAUGCAGCUGUGCAGGGGCCCCCCUCUCACUGUCUCGACCUGGUUGGGCCCCCAGCAGACGGGCUGGGGGCCCCCGGGGGGCCCCCCAAGGAGACAGGGGGGCCCCCCACAGAGACAGGGGGGCCCCCGCUCCGAGUUGCUUCGUCUCUUAAGACAAUCAGCGAGGCCUCCACGCAGCCCUCCAGUGCUUCUCCCCCUGACACCCCGCUAGGCAGAGACGCGGGGGGAGCAGCACAGCAGCAGCAGCAGCAGCAGCAGCAGCAGCAGCAACAGCCACAGCAGCAGCAGCAGCAGCAGCAGCAGCAGUCUGCUGCUUCAACGUGCACACUUGAUAGCACAGCUGUUAGCAGCAUCGAUCCCGAUCCCCUGGGAUCGGGAUCGAUACCCAAGGGGGCCCCCAUGGGCCCCCGUACCCGCAGCAGCAGGGGGGCCCCCCUGCGUCUGCUGCAGUCUUUCUUACCUCACUAUGGGGGCCCGCAGAUGCUUCUGUAUCUACCGCAGGGAGCAGCAGGCAGCUUAGCUCAGCCUAUAAACCCUACAGGGGCCCUGGGGGCCCCCCAGGGUAUAGGGGCCCCCCGAGGCGUGGGGGCCCCCGGUGUGGGGGACCCCGCAGGGGGCCCGCAGGGGGGCCCCCUGGGGGGCCCCCAGGGGGGCCCCCAUGUUGCUGUGUGUGGGUCCUGGCAGCUCGGCGUCUGCUCCGUCGUUGCGGGGGCCCAUGGGGGGAGAGUGAGGUGUUUGUCUGUGUGCAUGCAUGACGAGAGGUUGCUGCUGUCUUCGGGAGACACAGCAGCACGUGCUGCAGCAGGUGCACCUGCUGCUGCUGCUGCUGCUGCUGCUGCUGCAGCAGCAGCAGCAGCAGGAGGGGGAGGAGGAGGCAGCAGGCUGAAAGCCUGGAUAAGAGAUGGGGAUCGGCUGGGCCCCACACCUUUGCUCGAUAUUUAUAUGGACGGCCUCGUAACAUCGAUGCUAUGGAGCCGCCUUAACGGAGACCUGCUGCUCUCCCAUAGCUGGAGGAGGCCCUCGGGGGGGGGGCCCCACGGGGGGGCCCCCAACCGCAGCAGCUGGGGGGCCCCCAGCAGCAGCAGCUGGGGGGCCCCCCUGAAGGGUAGGGGCCUAGGGCACAAAGGCAGAGGGGGCGUGACGGUGUGGCGUUAUGUUGCUGAUAGGGGAAGCAGCAGCAUGCAGGGUUUGCUGCAGCAGCAGCAGCAGCAGCAACAGCAGCAGCAGCAGCAGCAGCAGCAGCGGUAUAACGAGUGGGACUGGGGGGAUGGGUCUUGGGGGGCCCCCGGGGGCCCCCCUGACUGUUCAUCUUUGCUGCAGCCGUUGCUGCUGAAGGUGGGGGGUUUUGGUGAGCGUCCUGUGCGUCGCGACAGCAGCAGCAGCAGCAGCAGCAGCAGCAGCAGCAGCAACAGCAGCAACGGCAGCAGCAGCAACAACACAAACAAUAACAACAACCCCACCAGUCCAAGACAAGGAAACAGAGGAGACAGUUUAAUUUCUUCUGUCUCUCUUCUGUCUCCUUCCUGGUACUCGCAGCGCUCUGCUUCUCCCCCCCGCAGCAGCAGCACGUGGGGGCCCCCCCCCCGGGGGGCCCCCCCCCCCCCCCCUGGGGGCCCCCAGCUAGCUACAGAGGGGCCCCCUGAUGCAGAGAUAGAAGAAACAGAAAUAUAUAACAACGCAGACAACGCCUCUUGCUUAAUACAAAACAAAGAAGGCAACGUGCUGCUGUAUUGGUCUCUACCUGCUGAGAUCAUCGCUGUCUGGGCCCUACACACAUAA